AUCAGUUUCCAAUCUGGUGUCUCAUUCGAAUAAUGAAGACUAUUACAGCAUUUUUACUACUUUUAGCCUUUACUGUUAUGCACAUUGAUGCAUACAGUGGAAGACCAUUUGUCGUCCAAUUCCAAGAUCAAGGAGAUGAAAACCAUCAUUUGGAAGAACCAAGAUUCCACACUCUCUACGAAAAUCAACAUUCAAAUGAUGAAAGUUUAGAAUCAAAGGAAAAUUCCCAUGGUAAUGCUUACUUACAUGAAUACUCACGACGCUCUGGUCCACAUCAAAGUUCGGAAUCAGUACAAGACAUGUACAACAUCUCAGAAGAAUACGAGAAAGACAGCGAUGAUCAACACCAAGAAGAAAACUACCAUCAUCAAUCAUCUGAGGAACAACAAAACUCAAAAGUCUAUACGAAGCAUAUUUAUGCUCAUGACUACUCGGAAUCAGCAUCACACUCAUCUGAAUCCAAGUCAGAAUCUAAGAAACACAAUGUUGUAGCCAAAAAAUCAAAAGACUGUUCAUCAUCUGAAGAAAAAUCAGAAGAACAUGAACCAGAACAUGAGCCUGAAUGUGACAAGCCAAAAUGUGAAAAAUGCAAGAAUAAGAAAAUGGUUUAUGUCUAUAAACAGCCACCAAUUGUUGUUCGUCCAAAACCCACAAAUGUCUACAUCAAAUCAAAGCCAAUUUACGUCCAACCUCCACCACUAGUUGUUCAUCAACCAGCUCAAAAACCAUGUAAUCCAACUAUUCAAUAUAAGCCACCAAACAUCCGUGUCCAGCCAGUCAUUGUCAAAAUUAAAAAGCCGAAAACUACAACCACCACAACAACAACAACUCAUAAACCAACAACAACUUGUAAACCAAAGCAUACAACCAGAAAGUCAUGCAGAAAAUGUAGAAGGAAGCCAACCCGUAAGUGCAAUCGAUGCCAAAAGAAGAAGUCAAGGGACUAUAAAGUCUACUAUAACGGCGAGAGUAUCAUGACAUAAAUUUGAUGCACCUUCAUUGUUGGGUGAUUAUGGAUGAAAUCUAGGAAGAACAAGCCAGCAUGAAAUUAUCCAUAACACAUUUUGUUACUGCCA